GGGUUUAAAAUAAAAGUUACUAAGAGGUUAAAUAACCAUCAUAUCGGUAGAAAUGUGGGUAACGCAGGUUACAAAACAGACAGGAUUAGUAACAAGAAAAAGUCUAGUCACAAGUUAGACGCCUCUUGAAGCUGAUUGGCUGUUCUCCCUAAACAUAGUCAUGUGACAAACAAAAGCAGGAAGAACACACAAGCGGUCCAACAUGAGAGCAGCCCUCCUGUGUGUCCUCCUGGCGGCUCCAGUGCUGCUGGUUGCAGGAAGCCCAGUUUAUAAAUCCGACAAUGGGACCGUACCACUGGUGAUCUGGCAUGGGAUGGGCGACAGCUGUUGUAACCCGCUCAGCAUGGGGGCCAUGAAGAAGAUGAUCGAGGAGGAAAUCUCUGGCAUCUACGUGCUCUCACUGAUGAUUGGGAAGAAUGUCGUUCAGGACACAGAAAAUGGGUUUUUCCUGGAUGUGAAUGAGCAGGUGUCCAUGGCGUGCAGUCAGCUGACCCAGGACCCCCAGCUGAAGGGAGGGUACAACGCCAUGGGCUUCUCCCAGGGGGCGCAGUUUCUGAGAGCCGUGGCUCAGCGCUGUCCCUCUCCACCAAUGAAAACCCUGAUCUCUGUCGGGGGCCAGCACCAAGGAGUGUACGGGCUGCCCCGGUGUCCCGGAGAGAGCUCCCAUAUCUGUGACAUGAUCCGCAAAGCUCUGAACAGCGGAGCUUACAGCGACUUGGUUCAGAAACACCUGGUGCAGGCCCAGUACUGGCACGACCCGCUGAACGACGACCUGUACAAGAAGCACAGCCUCUUCCUGGCCGACAUCAACCAGGAGAGGGCAGUGAAUGAGACGUAUAAGAAGAACCUCCAGCUGCUGGAGAAGUUCGUCAUGGUGAAGUUCCUGCAGGACACCGUGGUGGACCCUGUCGAUACAGAGUGGUUUGGCUUCCUGAAGACUGGACAGGCCAAAGAGACUGAAACUCUACAGGAGAGCCUUCUCUACAAGGAGGAUCGUCUGGGUCUGGCUGCCAUGGACAAAGCUGGAAAGCUGGAUUUUCUUGCGACCAAGGGAGACCACCUGCAGUUCUCCAGAGAGUGGUUCACCGCAAACCUGGUGCCUUAUCUACAGUAAAACCCUUCCAGUCUGUCAUCUCAGAGACAUAAUAGCUGACGUAAACUAUUCUAUUUUAAGAGCAAUAUAUUGCAAGUUAAGAGUAAAAGCUUACCGACUAAGCAGGGAUUCAGAACUCUCAAUCCAUUCCUAUUGCACUGAUUUUGUCGCAUGUUGGUUUUUUUUAUGUUAAUUUUAGAAAUUGUUCACAUUUCCACUGUUAUUUCCACUGUGAGCUGUUAUGGUCAUGUUUUGUUUCCUAAAUGUAGUGAGACUUUUUAUUGUAUUAGUUGUAGGAGCCUAAUGUACAUCAUCUAACAGCCUCUGUACAGAUUGUGUUUAAUCCAAUAAAGACAAAGCACAUUA